AUGGCGCCCCAUCUGCUAAGCCUUCCAGGCGAGAUACGCAACCAUAUCUACGAGUACACACUCACCGAAGAAGACGGCCUCUUCUACCUAGAAGAUCAAGAUGGUAUUGGUCGACUCUGUUCAGGAGAUCUCAAAGAGCUUGAGCAGAUUGGCAAAGAAAGCGUGUGGUGUGAAACUUGUGAGGUAGUACACACCAAUCAGUCCAGCGGAGAGGCUGCGACUACAUUCGAGUAUCGCAGCUGUAGCAACCCUAAAUCCAGCACUCGUCACAACGAAAACAUUCCUAAAGUCGAAGACGACAAGGCGCACUGCAAGCUUAGGAUUGCCAAUCAGUUACAGUUUGUAUGUCGCCAUCUUCGCAAAGAGACAAAGGGACUUGGUCUGCACCAAAACAAAGUAAUAUUCCUUAGUUUCGGUCUUGGCCUGGAAUUCGAUCGAUGCGCCAGCUUUCUGCAGAGUUUGACACGCCAGAAAAAGGAGAAUAUCCGGACAAUGAUCGUAACAAAGGACUUGUAUUGGGUGAAGAAGAAACAGGCCAUGUCCCAACUCUUGGAUAUCUGCAAGCACUAUCCCAAGAGCCGCAUGGACAUGCAAUUGCCAUUCCCUGCGGAAAGACCCUCCACAUACCUCAUGUUUGCCCAGGAAAUGUACACGCAUUUGGGCAAAAAACUAGCCAUCCUGGAACGUGUAGAACCGGAUUAUCUGCUCUUGAUUCAAAGGCAUACCGAAUGGUUGCAGAGACAUGUCACAAAAGUACAUUAUACCAAUGUACCCUCCAACUUUCGUGUUUUUCCAAUCACCGCCGGCUUCGACGAACGGGAUUUCAGGGAUUGCAUCGCUGAUAUGAAACAUGGCGAUGACAGGUCGGCCAUAGAACAUAUUGGAGUCGAUGCUUAUGUAGCGUGGGUGAAGGACUGGAUUCAGAAUGGUGUCUGA